AUGAGUUGUUCCAAAUUUCCUCCCAAACUCCCCUUGAAACUGCAUCAUUAUGUAUUCAGGGGAACAAGACCAUAUUUGGAGGGGAAUUUGAUACAGGAAUUCUUUGUGAGUCGUCAACUAGAACAGAAAAAGAAGAAUAAUUCAUUAAAGACCAGUCAGACGGACACGAUCGAUUUAUCACAGCUAAACAAUAUAGAUCCAGUUGCAUUGUCCUUUCAGUUUGAGCCCACGUAUACCGGUGGAAAAAGAGAAAAAUUUGCACAUAGGCCCUCCAAGUACAGGGAUCUCAGUCAAACUGAGGGCAUACAGUUUUGCCAAACUUCAAGAGGAGGCCAGAUCACGUACCAUGGCCCCGGUCAGUUAGUCGUUUAUCCAAUUAUAAAUCUUUUAGACUUCCAAAAACUAACCUCCAAAUGUUAUGUUUCCAUGCUAGAAAAAUCAGUAAUUUCGGGAUUAGGAAAUUAUCAUCUUAAGGGUGAAACUACAGAGAACACAGGUGUUUGGUGUAAUGGUCAAAAGAUAUCAUCCAUAGGUGUGAAUAUUAGACGGUCUAUAACUUCCCACGGAUUAUCUAUAAAUAACACCACUGAUCUUUCAUAUGUCAAUGAUGAACAAUUAGUUAUGUGUGGUUUACCAGGAACUCGACAGACGUCAAUCAGUGAGCAACUUAAAAAGUUGAAUAUGAGUGAAGUAGUACCCUCAAUAGAUCAUCUAGCAGCUGAUAUAGUGGGCCAGUUAGCAGAAAAUCUAGGGAUCAGUUCGAUAAUUACUCAUACCAUAGAAUCACCAAUCACGAGUGAAGAAGAAUGUUUGAAACUUGUCUAA